ACAUUCACAUGCAUUGUCCUGCGAAAGCGGCUGCUCAGAAUUUCUGCGGCCUGUCAGCAGUGUUGACAAUUUGCUCUGCAGUUUCUAGGCAACUGAAGCAUAAAGGCAUUCAUGGCAGUCACUUAAGAGACACUGGUAAUUGAUGCAUUUUGAGUUAAUCCCAAAAGUAAUGCGCGUUGAUUACUUGCCAGACUGCAGACAAUUUCGCUGGUUUACAGGGAGCGGCAGUACAAACAGAGACGCUACUUUCAAGACUGUUGAAAGAUGUAGAUGGAGUCCUGACUAUGAUCCAGAUGUCUCAAGUUUGAGUAGCAGAGAGGCCAACUGGGGAGGAAGGAGAGUUAACCAUCGGCUCACCCAUUCCUAAAGAGAAGGUGUAGUGUUUUUCCAACAAUGGACUCGUUACUAUCCAUGAGUAAAACGUCAUCAGAUUUUGUUACCAUUUUGCGAAAGAACUCCGCUUCAGCCAUGCUUUCAUCAGGAACUGGCAAACAAAUGGACAUUCAGCAAGCCAUUGCAAACAGGUUUAAGGAAGAUUUUGCUGCAAGUGUUAUCCAAAGGUCUUGGCAGUCUUACCGAGACAAAAGGCUUUUCUGCCUCUUAAAGCAUACUGUCCGUGCAGCAGAGCACUGCCUGACUUAUGAAAUCCUACGCAAGAUUAGCCCUUUGGAGGCAGAGCUCAUUAAGGACCCCAGUAUGCAGUGCAGGGUCAGGUUCAGGUUUUUAGGGCAUGAGUUUCCUCCUGUAAUCGUGUUUAAGAUCUACCAGCACAAUGAGGGACAUGGAAGCAAAUACAUAAGUGGGAAAAGAAUUAUCAGCCCUGCAAGUGAGGCAGCAUCUGAUGCAUGUAAAUUGAUGGGCCACAGAAGGUUUUAUGAUCAACUGAUACUAGACGAACUUCACCGUCAACAAAUCAAAAUAGCUGAUGAAUAUGAUAUUGCUACCAUGAAAGACUAUAAGCAAUAUGCUAGCAGUCUAGAUGAGACUCCAGCCUAUCUUGGUGGCAAAGAUAACUUCUGGAGAAAAUUAUCUUUGGAAAGCCUGCCCAAAACAACAAUGAUAUAUGAUAUUGCAGAUUAUGCUCACUCAAGGAUGCUGUCAGAACGACUGAAAGAAAACCUACCAUUACUCUUGGUGAAACCAAAGACUGAAGAAAUACGUCUGAAGCAGCUUAAAGCACUUACUGAGAGAAGAAUCACACUGCCACCUUCCCCAUCUACCACUGCUUUAGCCAGAUUAUCUCACAGAUCAGCUACAUCAGGGAAAUCAGCACGACGCUCUCAGCAGGCUCUGCAGAAGGUGGCCAAAAUGAGAAGAAUAUUUGGCUUACAAAAAGAGGAACAGAAUGAAACGGAUACUUACAGAUCUUCACAUAAUGAGCACCAUCGCCUAACCUGUUCUGUUGCUAGCCAGGAGAAGCAAGAUGCCAAUGAUCUUUCUGAGGAGGAAUGGGAGCAGGAAGCUAAUAAGUUGUAUGCUUGGACGCAGGAACUGCCUAUUGAAGAAACUAAGACAUAUUCACCAGUAAAUGAAGUUUCCCGACCUGUCCAUAUUGACUGUGAAAAAUAUAAGCUACCAUUACACUAACUGCUGAAAUCUAUUUUUAAUAUAUCAUAAUGCUGAUGAUUUUCAUUUGCAUAAUAUCUUACAUUUGAUGCAUAACUACGGAAUACCAUAGGAAUGUGGACAACAGGAGAAACAGAUGAUAGACCAUUCUUUCUAUCCCUGGAAUUUGUAGUCCCACCCUGAUGUUGGCUGUCAGCAAAAUAUAGCACAGGACAUGCCAUCAGGUAUCUGUUAAUAUUUCCCUUUUAGCCAGCAGUCAUAUUGAAUAGUCUUCAGUCUUUGUUAAACAACUGCACAUAAUUUAAUAUUUAAUUACUUUCAGAAUGUUGACUGUCCAUUUCAUACUUUAAUCUUUUUUAAGUAUAUGGAGUAGGUUAAAUUGUUGAUUUGUCACUGUUGGUAUAGUAAUCAAGAUGCAGCUUUGCUAUUUAACUGUAGAUAAGUUCAAAUGAUUUUAUUUCAUUCUCAGGACCCACCCUACCACAUCCUCUUAUCUUUUUUAUGAUGGUUUUAUUACAAUCACAUGUCUGAGGAUAGCUUAUAUUAUUCAUUUAACAUACUGUUCCUCAUUAUCUGUAUCAUAUGAAAUGUUGGUGACUGACAGCUAAGAACUUUUUGGUGGGACACUUGUCCUUGCUUCUCCCUUCUCUGAACGGGAGGGUUGUGCUUCUAUCCCAUCAGUUACUUUGAUACAACUCUUAUCUAGUUCACAGAGGCAUCAGAAUGUUUUAUUUGUCCCAAUACAUCUUUUAAGUUUAUCCUAAGAUUUUAUGCAGAUUGUAACAGUACAUAUUUGAUUUACUUAGCUACCUGUGUUUCAUGUUCUAGCUACUAAGUGGGUAAAACCAUGCAGAAGCUGAAAGAACGUAUCAGCAAACAUUUAUAUGAGAUACGUAGACAAAAUGAUUGUAAUGCCUUAGCGAAACACAUAAUGAUGCAUCCUGGUCACCAGUUCAAUUUUAAAGUGUUGCAAUUGGUACAUAUUAAUUGUAGAGGGGGAGAUAUGAAUACUAUUUUAGAACAAAUAGAAUUGAGAUGGGUUUUAAGAUUACAAGCACAUAAACAGCCGGGAAUCAAUAAUUAUGUCAGUUUGAAACCUGUUCUGAAAGCACAGACGUUAAAAUAACAGCAUAUGUAUAUACCUCUUUAAGAGGUUAAUUACUUUUUAUUGUUUUAUUAUUUGAUUGACUCUAUGUGCAUAUAAAUGUAAACUCAGAACAGAUGCCUGUAUAAAGACCUGAGAAAGCAUUUGCGAAAGCACUCGUCUUUUAUUUUGUUUUUAUGGUGUCUUUCAUUAAAAUUUUUCCUGCA